AUGCCUGGUGCGCCUAAAGAUCUGCCAAAAGAAGAACGCUGUCUCCAUGAUAUUUAUGCUACUAGUGAUUUGAUUUCUUUGGUGAUCGCGUGCUCCACGGAAAUCUUGUUUAUUGGCUUGACAUAUCAUUUGUGGAAAAAUAGGCUCUGGCAAUUUUACGGACAGUCCAUAUAUGUCGACCUGUACAAUGUAAAACAGACCUUCAAAGUGUACGAACGUCAAUCGGCACUUUUCUGCACCACAAUCUCCGUAGUUGGCGUUUGGGGAAAUCUUAUUCUUCUCUACACCUUUCAAAUGUCUAACCUCAAGCAGAAAUAUAAUAACGAACCGAUUAGGAAUAAUUUUUGGCAUGUUCCAAGCUAUGUUCUUCUCUUGCCUUACAUGAUUCUCAUAUUAGAAGCGAUUCGGAGAGAAUCACGCAAAAUUCUUGCAUUAUUCUGUCUAGGAAACACUCUGGAGACUUUAUUUAUAAUUUGGAUAUCUUUAACAUGGUGCUCGAUUUUCUAUAAGGGAUCAUUUAUAGAUGAGUCCGCUGUGUGCUCUUUCACAAAUCGAAUCCUGUGGUCACCACCAUAUCAAAUAAUUCUGACUACAGGUGUUAUCUGCAUAAUAUUAUUAACAUUUUCAAGCAUAAAUUCAUUGCUUGUUCAGAAUAAGUUUGGCAAAAAUUAUACUUAUUCAUUAAUUGACAAAGAUGUAAAAGGUCAUCCUUUGAUAAAAUAUAACCAAAUUGAAUUUCAUAUAAUUCAUACAUUAGGAUUUUUGAUGCUUAGGGACGAAGAAUCGACGUGGGAAUUAUCAUUUUAUGUAAAUCAAGUCAUUGAAAAGUCGGAAAUUAUGGCUUGGGAUCU